AUGGACUUCGUUUGUCAGAUUUCCCGGCUAGGAUCCUUGAGAAGGGCUGCACAACAUGCUCUCACUCUCUCUCGCUCGCCUAUUCCGCAGUCACCAUUUCUAUUCAGUCGACAUUUUCUGACUGUCGACAAUUCCACUCCCCCUACCUCUUCUGCUGACCCAUUGCCCCUCAACCUGGAGCCUGAAAAUGAUCCCUUGCGGGAAUCGAGCGAGUUGGUCACUUCUCGGCCUUCCUUGAAAAGAAACACCUUCAGUUUACGCAGGCUUCCAGUGUCCUGUCCUGGUUGCGGUGCUUUGACUCAAGAUGUCCAGCCAGGUCAGGCAGGAUAUUAUACACGUUCGAGAAAGUCAGUGAAGAGAUAUUUCAAGCACCCUGAGCAUACCCUUCGUCAAUCAGAGGAGGAAGAGGAUGUUCAACAGGCCGAGUUCCCAGAAACCCAGGCGAACACCAGUCAAGAUGAUCCCGAAAUUUCUCCACCUCAGGUCUCAAUUCCACCUCCAGUGUGCGAUCGAUGCCAUUUUCUGAUUCAUGAAUCUCGUGGCGUUCCUGUUGCUCACCCUUCGAUCGAAGAUAUCGCAGAUUCGAUUGCUGAAUCUCCCUACUCCAAGAAUCAUGUCUAUCAUAUUAUGGAUGCGGCCGAUUUUCCUAUGUCCUUAAUUCCUUCGAUCUACAAAAGUUUGUCCUUAGCCAAACCUCGAACACAAAAUCGAAGGUCUCAACACUCCUUUUCCUCCAAGCCUACAUUGUCUUUCAUCAUCACAAGGUCAGAUUUACUCGGUCCGUCGAAAGAGAUGGUGGAUAGAAUAAUGCCCAAAUUUGUAUCUAUCUUGAGGACUGCUUUGGGCCGUACCGGUCAAAAUCUAAGGCUUGGAAAUGUCCAUCUGGUCUCCGCUAAACGAGGGUGGUGGACAAAAGACAUCAAGGAUACGAUUUGGCAGCGAGGAGGUGGAAAUUGGCUGGUGGGUAAAUUCAACGUGGGAAAAUCAAAUCUUUUCGAAGUAUUGUUUCCCAAAGGUUCUGGUGAGCGGGCUCCAGUAUACGCAGAACUGCAACAACAGCAGCAAAGAAGUUCCGUUUCAGCACCUCCAGAGUGUGGCUUCUUUGCAGAAACUUCUUUACUACCUCCUCCACAACCAGAGGUCCCAUUUCCAACUAUGCCUCUAGUUUCGAGUCUUCCGGGAACGACUGCGUCCCCCAUACGACUCCCAUUCGGCAAUUACAAGGGAGAGCUCAUUGACUUGCCAGGAUUGGAACGGAGCGGGCUGGAUCAAUACGUACAACCUGAGGAUCGACUGGACUUGGUCAUGACACAUCGGCCGACAGUGACUCAAUAUAAUAUCAAACCUGGGCAGUCUCUGCUUCUCGGUGGUGGUCUUGUUCGCAUAACUCCAAUUCUGGACGAGAAGGAUCCGAGCACAAUAGUGAUGGCCUAUCCAUUUGUACCUAUUAAGGCACACGUUACGUCUACGGAAAAGGCAACUAGCAUCCAGUUGCAACAACGCGAAAGUGGCAUCGAAUCUAUCCUCGCUGAAGAUGCAGGAGCAGCAAUGACAUCGGCUGGGAGAUUUUCGUUGAAGACGGAUGUGACGAAGUCUAGAGCUGGUUCCGUGAUUAGGGCGGGGGUGGACAUAUCAAAAUUGCCGUUUCAAGUCUAUGCUACAGAUAUUUUAAUCGAAGGAGUUGGAUGGGUCGAGCUGGCUUGUCAGGUUAGGAAGAACCGACGCCAACCUCAAUCUGCGACAAUUCAAGCCCAACAUGUGGAAGAGGCACGGAGUGUGGAGGAGACCAUCGGUUCAACCGUACCCACGGCUGAAGAGCUUUCCUUCGAUACUGAGACUUUCACACCUUUUACUUCGUCUAAUCUGGCGACCCAUGCAGAUUCUCCCAACUUUCCCCAAGUCGAGAUCUUUACGCCGAAUGGCAAUUUCAUUGGCCAAAGACCCUGUCUGGAUGUAUGGCAAUCAUGGAACACUGGAAAGCCUCGAAAACAGAUCCGGGCUUCUCGUCCUCGAAAAGCGAUGAGCGGAGCAAAGAAGCGCGAAAAGAUGCUUCGAAGAACCGCGCAGAAGCCGUGA